AUGUCCGAUGAUCUAUGUAACAAGAUCGCCCCGUUGCACCUAGUUCCAGAAACACAUGGCGAGCGAAUAAUCAAAUUACUUUUGGAUAGAGGAGCGGAUCUUGAGGCAAGGGACUAUAGUGGGAGGACUCCGUUAUAUGUUUCCUGCCAAAGCGGUCUCUUCAAAAACGUACGGUUGCUUAUCGAGAUGGGAGCUAAUAUGUGGGUCAAGGAUGAUAGUGGCGGUACAUUGCUCCAUGCGGCGGUUGAUUCAGGAAGUGAAGCAAUGGUUCGACUUUUUCUGCAUAAGGGACUGGACUUCCAAGCGAAAAACAAUGCCCGGGGAACGCUCUUGCAUCAACUCGCUUGGAGAAUCGCUCCAGAAAAUGGCAUAGGGAUCUUCAGGCUGUUGAUAUCCUUAGGAGUAGAUAUCAACGAAAAGAAUCAUGAAGGUUCAACAGCUCUGCAUAUAGGAGCGAAAGGGAACUACCCCGAGAUAGUGCAGCCCUUAAUCGAAAACGGAGCCAAUCUGGAAGCGAGGAACAUAUCGGGCAAGACAUCAUUGCAUUUUGCUGUCCUUGCGCGCAGCCAGAGCUUGAUGAUACGUGAUCAUACAAAAACCAUCGGAGCAUUGAUCCAGGGCGGUGCUGAUGUCAGCGCUCGAGACAAUCAAGGGUAUACACCGCUAGACUAUGCAGAUUCACUGUAUAGGGAAGAAUUGGAAACAUGGAUAAAGGACAGGGUGCUCAAUUAA